UUAUGUAACGCCCAUCGUACACCGGUAUAACAAUAAUAGCAUCUCUUUUUCUGUCUGGUCCCUAAUAAUGAGGGCUGUUUCGUUUGUUGAUCGGAUAGAACUAGAUUUUUCUAAAAAUUUAUUGAACGAUGCUCUCGCCCUUGGGGAUGUGGACAACGACGGGGGAAAUGAAUUGGCUGUGGGUAACAUUGAAGGCAGUUUGUCCAUAUUUAAAGGUAAAAAGUCGAGCCCCUGGAAAAAAUGUUCAGAUUUAGGAAUGAUAACCUGUGUAAAAGUGGGUGACAUUCGUAAUUGCGGCAAGAAUUCCUUGGUUUGUUUAACUGCCAAGGGCUGGUGCUAUAUAUUCGAUGUUGAAGUGGAAUCAUCAGAGAGCAGUUUUGAAAGUGAAGAAAAUCCCAGAAGCUUCUUAAAGCCAACAUUUACUGAAUAUCUCCCUGCCAAUAGUAAAUUAAUGUUGCUGGCUGAUGUUGAUUCAGAUGGACGUAUUGAAGUGGCUGUCGGUUAUUCUGAUCGUACCGUGCGGCUGUUUCGAUGGAGGGAAACAGAUACAGUAGAUGAUUCGGCCGGACGUUUGGAGCAGAUUGGCAAAUGGCAGCUAAAUGGACAGAUUGGUUCCAUCACAGUGAAUAUGUCCGUAGACAACCAGCCAGAACUGCUGGUGGCACAGCCUGGUGGCACUUAUGCCCGCCUUUACCUGCAGCCCAAUACCAACCUCACAAGUAAUCCUCAUGAAAGAAUUAAAGAUGUGAUCUAUCAAUCACUUGGCACAUCCCAGACUGGAAAUAUGAAUGUCUACACUGAAAUGUUGGGUGGUAUAUGUCCAUCAAAGUUCGGAGAAGUCUCCAAAGGCACUUACUUUGCCUUGUCAACACUGAAUGGUUCUUUGAUGCUAUUUGACCAGAACAAACCCCAGUGGAGUUUACAGGUGGAUCACCAGUUGUUCUCUCUCAGUAAACUGGAUGUUACAGGUGAUGGAACUGAAGAAGUGGUCUGUUGCUCAUGGGACGGUCAAACAUAUAUUGUGAACCAUGAUCGGGAAGCUGUUCGAUUCCAGUUUGAAGAAAACGUUGCUGCAUUUGCUGCUGGUUUCUAUGCUAUCAACCCACAGAGUAACGUUCCAUGCUUUGUGUAUGCGACAUUCAAUAGACACAUCUAUCUUUAUCAUAACAUCCGCCUGCCUCAAGUUGCUGCCACCGACCUCAUUGAAGUUAUGGCUAAACAACCAGAGACAAAGGAAAUUCUCAAGAAGCUGAGUAUUGACCCUUCCAGCACCAGCCAGCUACAACAGGUUUACCAUUAUUGUCUGUAUGGUUUCAACAAAAAUUGACUGGUUUGUCCUGCUGCAUGCUAGAUGUGCAUCUUCUACAAUGGUUGGUUGCCGGUGUCUUAUCUAUGCUAAGUUGCAGAAAUUGGUAACUUGUCUCUUCAACACAGAAGAAAAAAAAUAAAAGAUCCUACAUGAGUUUGAGUAUGCAUGUAUUUAUACAUGUUCUUGUUUCAAGGUGGCGAGCUGGCAGAACCGUUAGCACGCCGGGCGAAAUGUGUAACCGUAUUUC